UCCGUUUGUAUCUCUAGAGUUUCACUUCAUAGCUACAACUUUGAGAAGACCAUCAUCAAUUUCAUUUCUUUCUUGUGUUUGUAGUUCUUAAGUAGUUAAUUCUGUUAAGUAUGAAUAGUGAAAUAGUAGCAGCGGAACAAAACAUUGCGAUACAUAUAACAGAAGAACACCAAGUCUUGGCAGAUUCUAUUAAACAAAAGCUGGAGUCAAUUCCAUCUGCCACGACCCAAUGUUCAAUUUAUCGAGUGCACGAGAAGUUUCGGAAAAUAAACGAGUUUGCCUACACGCCUGAAAUGAUCUCCAUCGGACCGCUCCAUCGCAGAACAGAUAGUUUAGCAGCAAUGGAAGAUCAUAAGUUACGGUAUGUUGAUGCGUUACUUUCUCGAACCACGUCCAUAGGGCCAAAUAAGCUGGAAGAGUGUGUUGCAUAUGUCAAAAGAAUUGAAGAUGAAGCUCGAAAGUGUUACUCGGAACCCAUUGACCUAAGUAAAGAUAAAUUCGUAGAAAUGAUGGUGAUUGAUGGUCUGUUCAUGAUUGAAUUGUUUAGAAGAAGUGCGGGCUACAUCAAGAUUGGACAAGAUGAUCCCAUUUUUGGUAAAAUCUGGGGUUUGUCGAGUUUAGUUCGUGAUUUGAUUUUACUUGAAAACCAACUUCCUAUGGUUGUUCUUAACUGCUUGUUCAAUGUCCCAGCACUAAAAGAAGAGUUGAAAGGUGUUCCUCUAAACAUUCUUGCUUUGCAAUUCUUCGAUCAAUUGAUGCCGCGAGGUAAACAAGUUAUCCAGACAAAUUUCUCGGGUAGUGAAGGAAAACAUUUGCUCGAUCUCCUAGGAAAAACAUUCCACGAUUUACUGCCUAAAGAUGGUAAAGGAAAGAAAAAUUUGUGGAAAUCUAUACCUAAUGUAACAGAGUUAAAACGUGUAGGAGUAAAAUUCGUAAUAAGCUCUACGAAUUGCAGUUUCUUGAAUAUCAAAUUCAAGGAUGGAGUUAUGGAAAUCCCUUCCGUAAUUAUUCAAGAUCAAACUGAUACAUUGUUAAGAAAUUUUAUUGCUUCUGAACAAUGUUGUGAAGGGCAUGUUACUUACAUGACUUCAUAUGCUUUUUUAAUGGAUAGUUUGAUUAACUCAGGACAAGAUGUCGGGGUUCUUCGUAAGCAAGGCAUCCUAAAAAAUUAUCUAGGCGACGACGAAGCUGUUGCUGCUCUCUUUAACAAGCUUUGCUGUGAGGUAACUCUGGCAAACUUCUAUUACUCUGAGUUAUGUGAUGAAGUGAAUACAUAUUAUACAAGUCGUUGGCAUGGGUGGGGAGCGGCAUUCAACCGUGAUUACCUAAGUACUCCUUGGAAAAUUGCCUCGCUUGUGGGUGCAAUUAUACUUCUUGCUCUUACACUCACCUCAGCUGUGUUUGCUAUUCUUUCUUUCUUUAUUCACAAGUCUUAGAAAUUAUCAGCCAAAAAGAAACAUUGAUGGUGCCUGUUGUUUCUCUGCAUCUUGUAUUGUUGGCUUUUUGAUUGCUGUUCUUUUUUUCUUUUUCUUUUUUUUUGUUGUCUGAA